AGGUGGUGGUGGAGAAGGAGGAGGCAGGGGGUGGAGAGAGAGAGAGAGAAAGAGCACGCCGAGAGGAGGUGUGGGUGUUCCGCUUCCAUCCUAGCGGAACGAGCUCCCUCUUCGCGGACAUGGGAUUACCUAGCGGCUGCUAACCCCUCUCCUCGUCCUGCUCCCCCAAGUCGGAGUGGCUCCCUGGGCACCAAGGCGCUGACUACUGAGGAGUAGGAUUCGCAUUCCUGGCUGGGCGUACUUUGGUAACAGAGUGCCUGACCCGGGGUCAGGAACCCGCCCCAGUGGCAGAUGCUCCACCCCAAAGUGAAGUGGCACCUUUCAGUGUGGGUCCUUAUCCGCAGUUCUCAGGGGCCAGCUGCCUGACAGCCUUCGGAUCCCCAGGAUUUUCAAGAAAGCCAUGUCUGACAAAAUGGCCAGUUUCCUACAUAUUGGAGACAUUUGUUCUCUGUACGCCGAGGGAUCUACAAAUGGAUUUAUCAGCACCUUGGGCCUGGUUGAUGAUCGUUGUGUUGUACAGCCAGAAGCUGGAGACCUUAACAACCCACCUAAGAAAUUCAGAGACUGCCUCUUCAAGCUGUGUCCUAUGAAUCGCUACUCGGCCCAGAAGCAGUUCUGGAAAGCCGCCAAGCCAGGGGCCAAUAGCACGACCGACGCGGUGCUGCUGAACAAACUGCACCAUGCCGCGGACUUGGAAAAGAAACAGAACGAGACAGAAAACAGGAAGUUGCUGGGGACCGUGAUUCAGUAUGGCAACGUGAUCCAGCUCCUGCAUUUGAAGAGUAAUAAAUACCUCACUGUGAACAAGAGGCUUCCAGCUCUGCUGGAAAAGAACGCUAUGAGGGUGACCUUGGACGAAGCCGGGAAUGAGGGGUCCUGGUUUUACAUUCAGCCCUUCUACAAGCUUCGGUCCAUCGGAGACAGCGUGGUCAUAGGUGACAAGGUUGUUCUAAACCCCGUCAAUGCUGGCCAGCCCCUGCAUGCCAGCAGCCAUCAGCUGGUGGACAACCCUGGCUGCAACGAGGUCAAUUCCGUCAACUGCAACACAAGCUGGAAAAUAGUCCUUUUCAUGAAAUGGAGUGACAACAAAGAUGACAUUUUAAAGGGGGGCGACGUGGUGAGGCUGUUCCACGCUGAGCAAGAGAAGUUUCUCACCUGUGACGAGCACAGGAAGAAGCAGCACGUCUUUCUGAGGACCACAGGCCGGCAGUCGGCCACAUCUGCCACCAGUUCAAAAGCCCUGUGGGAAGUGGAGGUAGUCCAACAUGACCCGUGCCGUGGCGGAGCCGGGUACUGGAACAGCCUCUUCCGCUUCAAGCACCUGGCCACAGGGCACUACCUAGCAGCGGAGGUAGACCCUGACUUUGAGGAAGAGUGCCUGGAGUUUCAGCCCUCAGUGGACCCCGAUCAGGACGCCUCUCGAAGCAGGUUGCGAAACGCCCAGGAAAAGAUGGUCUAUUCCCUGGUCUCUGUGCCCGAAGGCAAUGACAUCUCCUCCAUUUUUGAGCUCGACCCCACCACGCUCCGUGGAGGUGACAGCCUUGUCCCAAGGAACUCCUAUGUCCGGCUCAGACACCUGUGCACAAAUACCUGGGUCCACAGCACAAACAUUCCCAUUGACAAGGAGGAGGAAAAGCCCGUGAUGCUGAAGAUUGGCACCUCUCCUGUGAAGGAGGACAAGGAGGCGUUUGCCAUAGUCCCAGUUUCUCCUGCUGAAGUUCGGGACCUGGACUUUGCCAACGACGCCAGCAAGGUGCUGGGCUCCAUUGCUGGGAAGCUGGAGAAGGGCACCAUCACCCAGAAUGAGCGGAGGUCUGUAACCAAGCUGCUGGAGGACUUGGUCUACUUUGUCACUGGUGGAACCAACUCUGGCCAAGAUGUGCUUGAAGUGGUCUUCUCCAAGCCCAACAGAGAACGGCAGAAGCUGAUGAGAGAACAGAAUAUUCUGAAGCAGAUCUUCAAGCUGCUGCAGGCCCCAUUCACAGACUGUGGGGAUGGCCCCAUGCUUCGCCUGGAGGAACUGGGGGACCAGCGGCAUGCUCCUUUCAGACACAUCUGCCGGCUUUGCUACCGGGUCCUGCGACAUUCACAGCAAGACUACAGGAAGAACCAGGAGUAUAUAGCCAAGCAGUUCGGCUUUAUGCAGAAGCAGAUCGGCUACGAUGUAUUGGCCGAGGACACCAUUACUGCCCUGCUCCACAAUAACCGGAAACUCCUGGAGAAGCACAUCACAGCGGCCGAGAUCGACACGUUCGUCAGUCUGGUGCGAAAGAAUAGGGAGCCCAGGUUCCUGGAUUACCUCUCUGACCUCUGCGUGUCCAUGAACAAAUCCAUCCCGGUGACCCAGGAGCUGAUCUGCAAAGCUGUGCUGAAUCCCACCAACGCCGACAUCCUGAUUGAGACCAAGCUGGUUCUCUCUCGUUUUGAAUUCGAAGGCGUCUCCACUGGGGAAAAUGCUCUGGAGGCCGGGGAGGACGAGGAGGAGGUGUGGCUGUUCUGGAGAGACAGCAACAAAGAGAUUCGCAGUAAGAGUGUCAGGGAGUUGGCGCAGGAUGCCAAGGAAGGGCAGAAGGAGGAUCGCGAUGUCCUCAGCUACUACAGGUAUCAGCUGAACCUCUUUGCUAGGAUGUGUCUGGACCGCCAGUACCUGGCCAUCAACGAGAUAUCAGGCCAGCUGGAUGUGGACCUCAUCCUGCGCUGCAUGUCUGACGAGAACCUGCCCUACGACCUGCGAGCCUCCUUCUGCCGUCUCAUGCUCCACAUGCACGUGGACAGAGACCCCCAGGAGCAGGUCACUCCUGUGAAAUACGCCCGCCUCUGGUCCGAGAUCCCCUCGGAGAUUGCCAUUGACGACUAUGACAGUAGUGGAGCAUCCCGAGAUGAAAUCAAGGAGAGGUUUGCUCAGACCAUGGAGUUUGUGGAGGAGUAUUUACGGGACGUGGUUUGCCAGAGGUUUCCGUUUUCUGAUAAGGAGAAGAAUAAGCUUACGUUUGAGGUUGUCAACUUAGCCAGGAACCUCAUAUACUUUGGUUUCUACAACUUCUCUGACCUCCUGCGGCUGACCAAGAUCCUGCUCGCCAUCUUAGACUGUGUGCAUGUGACGACCAUCUUCCCCAUCAGCAAGAUGGCGAAAGGAGAAGAGAAUAAAGGUAACGAUGAUGUGGAGAAGCUGAAGAGCAGUAACGUGAUGAGGUCCAUCCACGGAGUCGGGGAGCUGAUGACCCAGGUGGUGCUCCGGGGAGGUGGCUUUUUGCCCAUGACCCCCAUGGCCGCUGCCCCCGAAGGCAACGUGAAGCAGGCGGAGCCAGAGAAGGAGGAUAUCAUGGUGAUGGACACCAAGUUGAAGAUCAUUGAGAUCCUGCAGUUCAUUUUGAACGUGAGGCUGGAUUAUAGGAUCUCCUGCCUCUUGUGUAUAUUUAAGCGCGAGUUUGAUGAAAGCAACUCCCAGACCUCAGAAACAUCCUCCGGAAACAGCAGCCAAGAAGGGCCCAGUAACGUGCCAGGGGCUCUUGACUUUGAACACAUCGAGGAGCAAGCAGAGGGCAUCUUUGGAGGAAGUGAGGAGAACACCCCACUGGACCUGGACGAUCAUGGCGGCCGCACCUUCCUCCGCGUGCUGCUCCACCUGACCAUGCACGACUACCCGCCCCUGGUGUCCGGGGCCCUGCAGCUCCUCUUUCGGCACUUCAGUCAGAGGCAGGAGGUCCUCCAGGCCUUCAAGCAGGUUCAACUGCUGGUCACCAGCCAAGAUGUGGACAACUACAAACAGAUCAAACAAGACCUGGAUCAGCUGCGGUCCAUCGUGGAAAAGUCUGAGCUGUGGGUUUACAAAGGGCAAGGCCCCGACGAGACCAUGGAUGGUGCGUCUGGUGAAAACGAACAUAAGAAAACCGAGGAGGGGAAUAAGUCAGAAAAGCAAGAAAGCACCAGCAGCUACAACUACAGAGUGGUGAAAGAGAUUCUGAUUCGGCUCAGCAAGCUGUGUGUGCAGGAGAGCGCCUCCGUGAAGAAGAGUAGGAAGCAGCAGCAGAGGCUGCUGCGGAACAUGGGCGCCCACGCCGUGGUGCUGGAGCUGCUGCAGAUCCCCUACGAGAAGGCUGAAGAUACCAAGAUGCAGGAGAUAAUGAGGCUGGCUCAUGAAUUUUUGCAGAAUUUCUGUGCAGGCAACCAGCAGAAUCAAGCAUUGCUGCAUAAACACAUAAACCUGUUCCUCAACCCAGGGAUCCUGGAAGCCGUGACCAUGCAGCACAUCUUCAUGAACAACUUCCAGCUCUGCAGUGAGAUCAACGAGAGGGUGGUCCAGCACUUCGUCCACUGCAUCGAGACCCACGGCCGCAACGUCCAGUACAUCAAGUUCCUGCAGACGAUCGUCAAGGCCGAAGGGAAAUUUAUUAAGAAGUGCCAAGACAUGGUCAUGGCCGAGCUGGUCAACUCUGGAGAAGACGUGCUCGUGUUCUACAACGACAGAGCCUCCUUCCAGACUCUGAUCCAGAUGAUGCGGUCUGAGCGGGACCGGAUGGACGAGAACAGCCCUCUCAUGUACCACAUCCACCUGGUGGAGCUGCUUGCUGUGUGCACCGAGGGCAAGAACGUGUACACAGAGAUCAAGUGCAACUCCCUGCUCCCGCUGGACGACAUCGUCCGCGUGGUCACCCACGAGGACUGCAUCCCUGAGGUUAAAAUCGCCUACAUUAACUUCCUCAACCACUGCUACGUGGACACGGAGGUGGAGAUGAAGGAGAUCUACACCAGCAACCACAUGUGGAAGCUGUUUGAGAACUUCCUCGUGGACAUCUGCAGGGCCUGCAACAACACGAGCGACAGGAAGCACGCGGACUCCAUCCUGGAGAAGUACGUCACGGAGAUCGUGAUGAGCAUCGUGACCACCUUCUUCAGCUCGCCCUUCUCGGACCAGAGCACCACUUUGCAGACUCGCCAGCCUGUCUUCGUGCAGCUGCUGCAGGGCGUGUUCCGGGUCUACCACUGCAACUGGCUGAUGCCCAGCCAGAAGGCCUCCGUGGAGAGCUGCAUCCGGGUGCUCUCCGACGUAGCCAAGAGCCGGGCCAUUGCCAUUCCUGUGGACCUGGACAGCCAAGUCAACAACCUCUUCCUGAAGUCACACAACAUUGUGCAGAAAACGGCCAUGAACUGGCGCCUGUCAGCCCGCAAUGCUGCUCGCAGAGACUCUGUUCUGGCAGCUUCCAGAGACUACCGGAAUAUCAUCGAGAGACUGCAGGACAUUGUCUCGGCCCUGGAGGACCGCCUCAGGCCACUGGUGCAAGCAGAGCUGUCUGUGCUCGUCGAUGUCCUGCAUAGGCCCGAGCUGCUUUUUCCGGAGAACACAGAUGCCCGACGGAAAUGCGAAAGUGGUGGUUUCAUUUGCAAGUUAAUAAAGCAUACUAAACAGCUACUAGAAGAAAAUGAGGAGAAACUUUGCAUUAAAGUCCUACAGACCCUCAGAGAAAUGAUGACCAAAGAUAGAGGCUACGGAGAAAAGCAAAUUUCCAUUGAUGAGUUGGAUAAUGCUGAGCUGCCACAAGCCCCGGAAUCCGAGAACGCCACAGAGCAGGAGCUUGAAUCGAGUCCACCCCUGAGACAACUGGAAGACCAUAAAAGGGGUGAGGCACUCAGGCAAAUUCUGGUCAACCGUUACUAUGGAAACAUCAGACCUUCAGGAAGAAGAGAGAGCCUGACCAGCUUUGGAAAUGGCCCACUGUCACCAGGAGGACCCAGCAAGCCUGGGGGAGGAGGGGGAGGUUCGGGAUCCAGCUCCAUGAGCAGGGGUGAGAUGAGCCUGGCCGAGGUUCAGUGUCACCUUGACAAGGAGGGAGCCUCCAAUCUGGUCAUCGACCUCAUUAUGAACGCGUCCAGUGACCGGGUGUUCCAUGAAAGCAUCCUCCUGGCCAUCGCCCUUCUGGAAGGAGGCAACACCACCAUCCAGCACUCCUUUUUCUGCCGGUUGACAGAAGAUAAGAAGUCCGAGAGAUUCUUCAAGGUCUUUUAUGACCGAAUGAAGAUGGCCCAGCAGGAAAUCAAGGCAACUGUGACUGUGAACACCAGUGACUUAGGAAACAAAAAGAAAGAUGACGAGGCGGACAGGGAGGCCCCGUCCCGGAAAAAAGCCAAAGAGCCCACGACGCAGAUAACAGAAGAGGUCCGGGAUCAGCUCCUGGAGGCCUCUGCUGCCACCAGGAAAGCCUUCACCACCUUCCGGAGGGAGGCCGACCCCGACGACCACUACCAGUCCGGGGAGGGCACCCAGACCACCACCGACAAGACCAAGGAUGAGCUGGAGAUGAGCGCGGUCAUUACCAUCAUGCAGCCCAUCCUGCGCUUCCUGCAGCUACUCUGCGAAAACCACAACCGAGACCUGCAGAACUUCCUUCGUUGCCAAAAUAACAAGACCAACUACAAUUUGGUGUGUGAGACGCUGCAGUUUCUGGACUGUAUUUGUGGGAGCACGACUGGUGGCCUUGGGCUCCUUGGACUGUACAUCAACGAGAAGAAUGUCGCGCUUAUCAACCAAACCCUGGAAAGUCUGACUGAAUACUGUCAGGGACCUUGCCAUGAAAACCAGAACUGCAUCGCCACCCACGAGUCCAAUGGCAUCGACAUCAUCACAGCCCUGAUCCUCAACGACAUCAACCCUCUGGGGAAGAAGCGCAUGGACCUCGUGUUAGAACUGAAGAACAAUGCUUCCAAGUUGCUGCUGGCCAUCAUGGAGAGCAGGCACGACAGUGAGAAUGCCGAGAGGAUCCUCUACAACAUGCGGCCGAAGGAGCUGGUGGAAGUGAUCAAGAAGGCCUACAUGCAAGGCGAAGUCGAAUUUGAGGAUGGAGAAAACGGUGAGGAUGGAGCUGCCUCCCCCAGGAACGUGGGGCACAACAUCUACAUAUUAGCCCACCAGUUGGCUCGGCACAACAAAGAACUUCAGACCAUGCUGAAGCCUGGCGGCCAGGUGGAUGGAGACGAAGCUCUGGAGUUCUAUGCCAAGCACACGGCGCAGAUCGAGAUUGUCCGAUUAGACCGAACGAUGGAACAGAUUGUCUUCCCAGUACCCAGCAUAUGUGAAUUCCUAACCAAGGAGUCAAAACUGCGAAUAUACUACACCACGGAGCGGGACGAGCAGGGUAGCAAGAUCAACGACUUCUUCCUGCGCUCGGAAGACCUCUUCAACGAAAUGAACUGGCAGAAGAAGCUGCGAGCCCAGCCUGUCCUCUACUGGUGUGCCCGCAACAUGUCCUUCUGGAGCAGCAUCUCCUUCAACCUGGCCGUCCUGAUGAACCUGCUCGUGGCCUUCUUCUACCCGUUUAAAGGAGUGCGAGGAGGGACGCUGGAGCCACACUGGUCAGGCCUCCUGUGGACAGCAAUGCUAAUCUCCCUGGCCAUCGUCAUUGCCCUACCCAAGCCCCAUGGCAUCCGGGCCUUGAUUGCUUCCACAAUUCUACGAUUGAUAUUUUCAGUUGGGCUGCAACCCACGUUGUUUCUGCUGGGAGCGUUCAACGUCUGCAAUAAAAUCAUCUUUCUAAUGAGCUUCGUGGGCAACUGUGGGACGUUCACCAGAGGCUACCGAGCCAUGGUUCUAGAUGUCGAGUUCCUAUAUCACCUGCUGUAUCUGUUGAUCUGUGCCAUGGGACUCUUCGUCCAUGAAUUCUUCUACAGUUUGCUGCUGUUCGAUUUAGUGUACAGAGAAGAGACUUUGCUUAAUGUCAUUAAAAGUGUCACCCGCAAUGGACGGUCCAUCAUCCUGACUGCGGUUCUGGCUCUGAUCCUGGUUUACCUGUUCUCGAUCGUGGGCUAUCUUUUCUUCAAGGACGAUUUUAUCUUGGAAGUAGACAGAUUGCCCAAUGAAACAGCUGUUCCAGAAACCGGCGAGAGUUUGGCAGGCGAGUUUCUGUACUCUGAUGUGUGCAGGGUGGAGACAGGGGAGAACUGUUCCUCUCCUGGACCCAAGCAAGAGCUGCUCCCUGUGGAAGAAACAGAACAGGAUAAGGAGCACACGUGCGAGACGCUGCUGAUGUGCAUUGUCACUGUCCUGAGUCAUGGGCUGCGGAGUGGGGGCGGAGUAGGAGAUGUGCUCAGGAAGCCAUCCAAAGAGGAACCUCUCUUUGCUGCAAGAGUGAUCUAUGACCUCUUGUUCUUCUUCAUGGUCAUCAUCAUCGUCCUGAACCUCAUUUUUGGUGUCAUCAUUGACACCUUUGCUGACCUGAGAAGUGAGAAGCAGAAGAAAGAAGAGAUCUUAAAGACUACAUGCUUCAUCUGUGGCCUGGAGAGAGACAAGUUUGACAACAAGACGGUUACCUUUGAGGAGCACAUCAAGGAAGAGCACAACAUGUGGCACUAUCUGUGCUUCAUCGUGCUGGUCAAGGUGAAGGACUCCACCGAGUACACUGGGCCCGAGAGCUAUGUGGCAGAGAUGAUCAAGGAAAGAAACCUUGACUGGUUCCCCAGGAUGAGAGCCAUGUCCUUGGUCAGCAGCGAUUCCGAAGGAGAACAGAACGAGCUGAGGAACCUGCAGGAGAAGCUGGAAUCCACCAUGAAGCUUGUCACUAAUCUUUCUGGACAGCUGUCAGAAUUAAAGGACCAGAGACCACUCAGGCAGCACCCUCCUCUUCUUGCUCCCGCAAAAGGAAGGAAAGAACAAUCAUCAGUGACAAAUGGCAGCUGCAGCAAAGCAACACCAAGAGCAGGCUUCAUCCUGGAGAGCGAACACUGCACCCCCUCCUCAGGCUCACUGUGCUCUUUGCAUUCUGAGAAACUACUCUGAUAAGGAAUGAUCCCUGAAGAUACAGUCUUCAAAACUGAUUUUUAUCUUCUUUUAUUUUCUUACUGUUGAAGUACCGAACUGCAAAUAUGGAAAGGGAGAAAAAUAGAAAGAAUCCUGAGGUUUUGGAUUAGAAUGGUAGCAAUCAAUACAAAUUCAUAGUUUCUAACAUAGAGUAGCUGUAGAUAUAUCUCUGUGUGUGUAUGUACAUAUAUACAUCUAUUCCCUAAUCCUGUCUUCUGAUAUAGCUUGGGAGCAGCAUCAUUCCAACAGUAAUGAGCACACCCACCACCUAUACCUUGGUGUCUUACUCUGUUUCUGUUGCUAUGACAAAAAUAUUUGAGAGCCAGUAAUUUAUAAAGAAAAGAGGUUUAUUUAGCUCCUGGUUCUGGAGCUGAGAAGUGCAAGAGCAUGGUGCUGGUGAGGGCUGUCUGGCUGAAUCACAAAUGGCAGAGGGUGUCCCAUAGUGAGUCAGCACGAGUCUGCUAGCUCAGGUUUCUCUUCCUCUGCUUAUAAAGCCAUUAAUGCCUUCAGGGGGGCUCCACUCCCUGGCCUCAUCUAAUCCUGAGUACCUCCCAAAAACCUUACCUCCAAAUAACAUCAGCAUGUGGCUUUAGGGAUUAGGUUUCCAACACGUGAGAUUUUAAAGACACAGAGCACUUGGUAUCCAGAUACCAUUCUCUACGAAAAAGAAUCAAGGCUCCCUGAACAAAUGAGUAAUUCCAGGGUUUGGGAUGAUGAUGGUACCAGGAUAAGUCUGGAACAUCUUCAGACAGUAAGGACACCUGCAAGAACCAACAUGGCUAUCUCAAAAGGACAGGGGUGCCAAUCUGCAAGGGCCCUUGGCCACAUUUUGGUCAAUAUGAACACCAAAAUGAAUAGACAGGAAUAUAUUACAGUGUGUUGGGUUAUUGUUGCUAAUUGUUACUAAAAUUGCAAAUGUUAGGGAAAGCUUUUUUAAAAUAGACUACCAAUGAAUAAAUGCAGAAUAAAUGAUAGAAAAUCACCAUUUUACAACCACCACAGUAAUAACUGAUUCAAGCAAAAAUCACCAUUGGGCAGAAGGUUUGAGACAACAGAAUUUUCACAGGAUCUCAUGCAGAUUUCUUAUUAAUUAUACAAGAAAAACGUACUGCGUUAUUGGUGGGCUUGGCAAGCACAGUCCUAACCAAGUGAUCAAAGCUAACAUCUCCAAAUGAUCAUGCACACUGAUAUCAUGUACCCCCGGGGGAAGCACUGAGGAGUACGGAGCAUUCCAGCCAAAGAUGUUGGUGCUAAUCACAAGGAAAGAAUCACUGAGUUCCAAAUAAAGGCACAUUUGGCAAAACAACUGGAACUUAGGCUCCAAAAAUAUCAGUGGUAUGGAAGACCAAGAGAGAAGAAAUAAAGAAAUAAGACAACUAAAUGCAACCUAUCAAUAAAAGAGCAGGAGGAAAAAACACAUACACCAUCAAAGACCUACUGACGUGGGAAAAUCUGAGUAGGGGCUAUAUGUUAGAGAAUGAUAUUACAUUAUUGUUGAAAACGUUGGCUUUGUUAAUUAUGUUGUGGGUGUGUGGGAAAAUGUCCUUGUUCUUCAAAAAUAUAUGCUGGAGGCAAGGCAUAGAAGUAUAUGCUUGUAACCUAAGAGACUGGGGAGGCUGAGGCAGGAGAAUCACAAGUUCAAGGUCAGCCUGGGUGACUCAGCAAGACCCUACCUCAAAAAUAAAAUAAAAAUGGCUGGGGAUGUAGCUCAGUGGUCAAGCACUUGCCUAGUAUGCAUGAAGCCCUGGGUUUAGGGCCCAAUCGCAGAGAAAGAAAAAAGGACAGUAAGGACACCUGCAAGAACCAACAUGGCUAUCUCAAAAUACAUGCUGGAAUAUUAAGGGGUGCAUUAUCAUCAGUCCUACAAUUAACUCUUAACUGGUUUAGAAAGUAAAAUUACUGGGUGCUCCUCAGCCUGACCUCAGAGAUGUAAGUGCGUCAUUUAAUUUUGAAAUACUUGAUGUGGGGGUGGGUUCCAUAAUCUUAAGGUGAUUGACUUCAAAUGUAAUAAAUCAUGCAGGAAACACUGCAUGACUUCAAAUUUAAAAAAAGUAAUGGAAAUGUUUUUUAUAUUGUUUGGUGAUGCAUAGCUGAUUUUAUAUUGAUUGUAUUGUUUGUAUACAUAUAAAAAUGGAUCAAACAGCAUAUUUCAAAUAUGUGCAUUUUUCUGUAUUUUAAUUUUACCUCAAUAAAGCUAUGGGGGAAAGUUUUUUUUUAAAAAAAAGUAAA